AGGUACUCGCCAACGUUAUUGGUCAUGUAAAUCACAAGAAAAUGUCAGUUAAAAUGCCGUCAACGUGGAGGAAAUGAUGCCCGGUGAAAACGCCGUGUUGACUGAGUGGAUAACUCCGUCGGUACCCCGAAGUGAACUCUGAUUCUCGGAUGAAUGAGGACGCACGCGUCGCUAACGUUUCCCAGUCGACCGUCUGAUGAAAGUUCUACAUACGUGUCAACUCCAGUCCCUGCUAAUCCUGAAAAGGAAAAAUGUGAAACCAUAGUCCAAAAGGUUAUGAGUCCUGAAUCUUACAUCAAGCAUCCAUUACAAAACAAGUGGGCUCUUUGGUUUUUCAAAAAUGACAAAAGCAAAACAUGGCAAGCCAACCUCCGUUUGAUCUCAAAAUUUGACACGGUGGAAGACUUCUGGGCAUUAUACAAUCACAUUCAGCUAUCAAGUAACUUGAUGUCUGGCUGUGACUACUCGCUGUUUAAGGAUGGAAUUGAGCCCAUGUGGGAGGAUGAACGAAAUCGACGAGGUGGCCGAUGGCUGAUAACUCUGUCCAAGCAGCAGCGUAGAGCAGACCUGGAUCGGUUCUGGUUGGAGACGCUCUUGUGUCUUGUGGGAGAAGCUUUUGAUGACUUCAGUGACGAUGUGUGCGGAGCCGUCAUUAAUGUCCGAGCCAAAGGAGAUAAAAUAGCAAUAUGGACCACAGACUACGAAAACAAAGAUGCCAUCAUACACAUAGGGCGUGUGUAUAAAGAAAGGUUAGGUGUUCCGCCAAAAGUGAUCAUCGGAUACCAGUCACACGCAGACACAGCCACAAAAAGCGGCUCCACGACCAAGAAAAAGUUUGUUGCCUGAGGACCAGAAUCAUCAGCCAUGCCUUUUUCUGUUGCCAGCAUAGAUUUUCUGGAAUUUUUCCAUGAAUGUAACUGACAUGUUUAUCCUCUAAAAAAACAUUUGAAUUGGAAACAAAAUUGCUUCCUUUCCAUUUGCCUAUUUGUUGCCACUUUAGCAAAGCUUUUGUUUACGGUGAGAUUAUGUGCAGUUAAAAUGUAGCACUAUUGUCUGAAAACUUCAUAAUUUUUGUGGUGGUGGGCUUAAGAUGAGUAUAAUGUAACAUUUUGAUGCCCAGAUAUUCUUUUCAAAUGCAGCUACAUAUUUGUGGAGAAUCUCUUUAAUUUAUUGGCCCCUUUAGUGUAUGUCACUUAUUUUCUUAAAGUACUUAACAUUAAAGAGAAAAAAAAAACAAAGUAAAACAUUUUCUACUUUGGUAUAAACUGUAGCUAUUUGUUAGUACUGUAAGGUAAUGCCAAACAGUCAGUUUACAAUAUAAAUGUAUGGAUUUAUUGCACAUUUAGUUGCAUGAUGUAAUUUUUUAACCAUACAUUGUGCUUUAACCCAACAGAUCUCACAAAUUGAUGGAAAAUGUGAAUUAAAUAGAGUGGGAAGUUUGGACAUCAUUGUGCAGUUUUUCGGUUUGAUAAGUUCUUUAAAAGUUUAUUGUGGCAAAUGGGAGGUCUUAGUUCGGCCUGUUCUUCUUGUCAAGGUUUUGUGCAAUAUGUGAAGAGUUUAAAUUUGGAUGUUUUGAAGAGCGAUAAAUCUAUUUAAAGGUCCUUGUGAGGAGUCCUGAGUCUAAAGAUUUUGAUGUUGACUUAUUUGAUGCUCAAGAGACAACUACAAAUUUCACACCUAAAUGGACCGGGGAGCAUAAUGAUGUGCCUCUGAUGAAACAUUUGAGCAGAUGCGAGCCGCUCCUACCUGAGCUCUUGGUAUACUUUUCCUCUUCUACUCAAAGCUCUUAAAAGCUCUAAUUUUGUCAGUGACGGAAACCAUAUUUUGUAUCAGUGUGUCUUUAAAUAGUAUAUUUUCCGAAUGUACAUAUUGUUCAAUAUGUUUUCCCCCCUUGUAAGUAACAAGCCAUACUACAGCAUACAAUGUUCUGUUAACUUGUUCAUUUGUAUUGACUUUUCUUGAUUAUUGCUGUGACGAAGUUUACAUAAUAUAAUUAUUUCCACUCCAGAUUUUCUUUUGAAUGUGGCAUAAACAAGAAUGUCAUUGUUUGGAGGGAUGUUGAACUGUGCCUUGAAUGUUAAACCCUGCCCAAUGUUUCUCAGCACUAAAUGUAGGCAAAAAAGGAGUGAUGUAAAUAAAACAUGUACAGUGUA